AUGGCGGACAGGUAAUCGAACCCACAGUAAAGUAACCUUGGUUUAGUGGUACCGCGGUGGAAGCCCCAGUUGUGACGAACAAUGGUGACGAAGCCAGUCUCAAGGCGGCAGACGAAGCCAGUUUGAAGGCCGCUGACGCAUUGGCCGAGCAAAUACAGCGACAGAAAGACGCCUUAGGGGGUUUCAAGGCCACCAAAGUAAAGUCCACAGACAAGGUAGCUAGACAUACUACACGCGUUAUUCUUAUUGUACUUGUCUCAAUGGUAGGCUUUCAGGAGGAAGCGGGUGACAAGUCUGAGGUCACUGAAGAAAAACCAGAAGAGGCUCCAGAAGAAGUUGUCGCAGAAGUUACCGAGACCGUGGGGAAUGGAGAAGUUCCUACUGUAACAGAAGGCGACGAGAAUAUAAAUGAUAGUCUCAAGUCGUUAGCAGGUGCGUAUUUUAAAAUUAUUUUAUUGUAUUAUUAUAAUGACUUUAGGCAAUUUAAAGUAAAUCAUGUUUAGGUUCGACUACAUCAACGUUCGACUCGGAGGACGAUGUGGAGAAGACAGAAGCCGAAGAGACGGACAAAAAAGAAUCAGAUACAGAAUCCAUCAUUGAAGAAGUCCCUACCGAUCUUCCUGAAGUCCCAGGUUUAGAUAUGGAGGGUGCGGUAGAAGAAGUUGAAGAUGUUAAUGAUAAAACAGACGAUGUGAGUUAGUAUGUUGUACUCUUUUACUAUCCUUUUUACUGUAACAACAACGAUACCAUGAGUACUUUACAAAUUACUUUCAGAUACUACAAGCUUCUGAUCUGAAUUCAGUCCUAAAUGACCGUGACGAUGACCAUGUAGUCAACAGACAAGCUUGUACACCUCAGACUGACAUCUCUGAUUCAGAUGCUCAGAAGCUGGCUGAUGCUCAAGCCAAUUACAUGUUACCUUCGGCUUUCAACUACACCAAGAAGUCAGAAGCCAACAGUGAUUCAGACACCAACUCCGAGAUCAUGUUGAACGACCCGUGUAAAUGCGAGAACAUACGACGAGAUCCCAAAGUAAAGACAAAAGUGUGCAGUAUACUGUAA